CGGCAGGAGAGGCGUCGGCUGGACCGCCUCGCGGGCGGCGAGGGGGCGGGCGGCGUCGCGGACGUGGCCGCUUGGGCGCGGUUCGCCUGCGUGGAGGUCGAUCGGACCGUCAAGGCCAACAGCGAGGACCCCGAGGCCCGGGAGGCGGCCCGCGCCAGCGCCGCGGCAGGCGGCGCGGCAGGCGGCGAAGGAGGGCGAGCAGGCUCGGCAGCGGGACGCCGCGCGCUCCGCGCUGGCGCGGGCCGAGGAGCUCCGGCGGCAGGGCAACGACGCGUGCCGCCAGGGCCAGCUGCCAGGCAAUGCGAGCGCCGGCCAGGACCUUCUGCGCGCCUCGGCGCUCUACGGCGACGCUACCGCCAUCCUCUCCGACUGCCUGCAAGCGGGCCUGAGCGCAGUGCCCGAGGAGGCAGCGGAGUUGAGGC